ACUUCCUGCACAAUGUUCUGGGUAAAGAAGCCAAGAUUGUUAGUCCUUCUGAUGCUCCAAGCUGUUGCUUUCUUCUUCUUCUUCCAGUAUUUGUAUGGCCCCAGGCACUGCCCUGGUCUAGCAGAGAAGUCAGGUCCUAUGCAUGUGCUUAUCUUGUCCUCUUGGCGCUCAGGUUCUUCCUUUGUGGGCCAGCUCUUCAGCCAGCAUCCGGAUGUCUUUUACCUGAUGGAGCCAGCCUGGCACGUGUGGAUGAGCCUUUCCUCUGGCAAUGCUGGGCAGUUGCAGAUGGCUGUGAGAGACCUGAUUCGUUCUGUCUUCCUCUGUGACAUGACUGUCUUUGAUGCCUAUAUGGAUCAGGGUCCAAAGACACUGUCUAAACUCUUCCAAUGGGGAACUAGUAGAGCACUGUGUUCCCCACCUUCAUGCCACCUCUUUGAAAGGGAGGCCAUCAUCUCUCCAGAUGACUGCAAGCUUUUAUGUGCCAAGGAGCCCUUCAACAUAGUGGAAGAAACCUGUAAGUCCUACAGUCAUGUGGUGAUCAAGGAGGUGCGUUUCUUCAAUCUGGAAGCCCUCUAUCCAUUGCUGAGGGACCCUUCCCUCAACUUGCACAUCAUUCACCUCAUACGGGAUCCCAGGGCCACAUUCCGCUCUCGGCAACGCACAGGAUUAGAGCUGGCACGCGACAGCCAUGUUGUCAUGGGUAGGCUGUGGGAUAAACUAAAGAAAGAGAACCGGCCCUAUCACUUGAUGAAGAUAAUUUGCCAAAGCCAAAAUGAGAUUUAUAAGGCAGCAAAGUUGCUACCAGACUCCCUAAGAAAACGCUACCUGCUAAUACGCUAUGAGGACUUGGUGCAUGACCCACUUACCCAAACCUCCAAAUUGUAUGGAUUUGCAGGGUUACCCUUCUUGCCUUACCUCCAAACCUGGGUGCAUAACAUCACGCAGGGCAAGGGCAUGGGAGGACAUGCCUUCAAGACAAACUCCAGGAAUGCCCAAAUUGUUUCCCAGGCCUGGCGCUGGUCCUUACGUUAUAAUGAGGUGGUCCAAUUACAGAAUAUUUGUAGAGAUAUAAUGAACCAGAUGGGUUACCUUCCUGUAUUGUCUGAGCAAGAUCAGAGAAAUCUAUCAUUGAAUCUUCUCUCUCCUCUUGGGAUCCCCUAA